UAAUUAUUUAAAUAGAUAAUUAAAUAUACAGUAAAUAGAAAAAUUAUUGAACUAGAUUUAUAACCCAUACACAUAUAUUUUGUGUUUUUUAGAUCGAUCUUAGUAAGAUAAAAAUCUAUUAUAUGGACGAAGCGGGUCACCCGUUCUGCACCCGAGUCACUUCUGAAAUGAAACAGGCUCAAAUGAAGGUUAUAAAUUAUUUCGAAGAAACUUACAACAUUAAAGCUCAAAAACUUUCCUUAAAGCAAAUGUAUUACUCUGCGGAUAUAUUUUUGGCAAACAUGGCGACUGUUCCUGCGAAAAAAUUCACAACUCUUAUGUCAGGAAAUGGCAAAGACAUAAACAUUUACUUCGAACUAAUCAAAUGGUGCUUGAGAGUAUCUAAACACACGCUGCCGUGCCUAAUCUACGCUAUCGUUGAAAAAGUAAACUCCAGUGUGCCUAAAGAAAAGCGUAAUCGAUUUUUAGCCAUGACCGAAGAACUUAAGAAAACAUUGGAAGAUUUGCUGGGCGAAGACGGGAUAUUUCUCUAUCCUCCCCACCCGGAAACGGCCAUUUAUAUUCAUCAACCAGUUUUCAAGAGUCAUAAUUUUGUUUACGCGGCCAUUUUUAACGCUGUCGGUCUUCCGGUAACCUCGUGUCCUUUAGGAUUGAAUUCUAGAGGGUUGCCAUUAGGAGUACAAAUUGUCGGAAGUCUCAACAACGAUCUUUUGACCAUAACCGUGGCAGAAGAAUUAGAAAAAGUUUUCGGUGGAUGGAGAAAUCCGAAUUUGUAGCGUUCGAAUAAUUCAAAGAAUUAUCGUGAAAUUUUAGAAAUUAAAUGAAUAGAAAAAUUUUCUAUUUCGUGAUAAUCGUUGCUAUAAAUGAAUAAGAAAGAACGAAAGCAAUACUAAUAGUAUAAUUUGUUUGUAUUAUUUUGAAAAUAUUUCAUAUAGAAAUGUUAACUCUAUAAAUAUUUUGUACUUUUGUUACAUUAUUUGCAUAAUAAAACGGAUAAUAUGUUGUACGUUA